AUGAGUGCUUAUAUUCAUAUUCCAUUUUGUUUAAAAAGAUGUUUUUAUUGUGUUUUUCCUGUUCAUGUCAUAGGAUAAACAGAGAUAAAUUAAAAUUACUAUCAAAAUAUUUUGGAGAAACAAUAUGUUGAAUAUUUGAUUAAGGAUAUAAAAAAUCAUUAUAAGGGAGAAACAUUAAAAACUUUAUAUUUUGGAGGAGGAACUCCUUCUCUUCUCUCAAUAGAGAGUUUACAAGUAUCUAAAAUUUUGAAAAAAAGUUAAUAUUGAAAUGUUUUAGGAUAUCAUAAAGUACAGAAAUAACAAUAGAAGCUGAUCCCAAAACUUUUAAUGAAAAUAAACUGAAAUAAUUGAAAAGUAUGGGGGUAUACAUUUGUGUGAAAUAUUAAGUUUAAUAGACUCUCUGUAGGAAUUUAAUCAUUGUAAGAUGACACAUUAAAAAAAUUAAAUAGAAGCCAUCUUCGAAAGGAUAUAGAUAAUGCCUUGUAAAUAAUUGAAAAAGUUUAUGGGUCAUUUGAUAAUUGUUCUUUUGAUUUCCUUUAUAAUUUACCUUAAGAGGUUGAAUAACGUUCACUUGAUGAUUUAAAAUAUUUUAUUGAAACAUUUGAGCCAGGACAUAUAUCUGCUUAUUCAUUAAGUAUAGAAGAAGAAUCUUAUUUCUAUAAAAAAUUAAAUUAUAGAGAAGGACUUCAUCCUCUUCCUAGUAAUGAUGUUUAAACUUGUAAUUAUACUAAAGUACAUUAAAUCCUAAAUUAAUAUGAUCAUUAUGAAAUAUCUAAUUUUGCAAAAUCAGAGAAACAUAUUAGCCAACAUAAUAAAAAUUAUUGGUUAGGCAAUAGUAAUUUUUAUGGUUUUGGUAUGGGAGCCACUUCUCUAUAAGAUUUAAUUAGAAUUACUCGACCUUAAACUUUGAAGAAAUAUUAUAAUUUUGUAGAUUCUGGAUAAGGUAGUUUAAUUGAGGAUGAAAGUUGUGAAUUUGAAAAAUAACGUAUACUAUUGAUGAGUAGAUUACGAACAAAAUGGGGCAUUGAUAAAAAUUUAUUAUCAGAAUAACUGAUAGAGGCCAUGAAAAAGUUUUAAGAAUAUUUUAUUUUUAAUAAUGAUAAUAUUAAACUAAAAAUUCCAGAAGGUUACUUAGUGUGUGAUGAGAUUGUUGGAUAUUUGUAAAAUAUCAAAUGA